AUCUUGAGAGCUUUUUAAUACUUAGUUAUCUCUCCUUUACUAUUUUUUUUAAGAAAUAUAAAUUUUCUGCUGUUAAAUAUUUUAAAAAGUUGAAGAAUGUUAAGUCAGCAUUGUUAAAGCUGUUGACCUUAAUAUAUGGAAUAGCCAAGUCCCUUCAUAUUUGAUUUUAAGUAUAAUCCUGUCACUCAGACUAUAUUCCCCUAUACUUUCCUGCCUCAGACUUUGAGAGUCUUAAUGUUCCUAAUUACAUCGCAAAGAAUGUCAAGUCUCUAUUGGCCAUUGUUCAUUUUAGAGGCUGAGUCCUGAGGACUCAAAAAUUUCUACAGGACAAAUCUUGAGCAGUGCUGACUUUUGUGUGACUUAUGUAUUGUAAUUACUUUGAAAUGUCAGUAUUUGGUAAAAGUGAUUGUCAAAGGAUAUAUACUCCUAUUUUAAAGAGUUCCUUUGGAAUGAAAAUACUUAAAUGUUGGGUUGUAUUAGUUGGGAUACAAGUGUAGUAUUAGGAAAAAUAGAAAUUAUUUUAAGAGUUAGAAAUAAUUUGAAGUAGCUUGCUUAUUUAUCACUUAUUGCAUCAAAUGCUUCUUGAGUACCUGAUUUAUGUGGCCUGUAUUGUGUGCCAUGCAAGCUUUAUAGAGAAAAGAGAAGGUGAGGGUAAUUACCUUCAAGAUUAUUCCUGUUCCAAGGAUGUAUUACCUGCUUUUAUACAGAGUGCAAGUCUAAAAUAUACACACUUUAGGUGGUCUUUACGGAGUUUUUUAACUAUAACCAUCAGAAAAUCAGUAUGCUUAGGUGACAGAUGAUUGAGCCACCCAUUUUAGGUGACAGAUGCUUAGGUGACAGAUGAUUGGUAAUUUUUGUAAUCCAUUGAAACAAAAUUGUUUUGCCAAUUAUUGUCUUUUUACAUUAUUUAAAAUUUUAUAUGAACUAGAUUAAUAUGCUUGAAAAUUUUGCAACAGUACAUGGUAUUUAGAAUUUUGCUGUUAGCUCCUCAUGGAUGAAUUUUCCCCCCCCUUUUUUUGCUAUUCUACCUUGGAAUAAGGAAUUUACUUAGAUAUUUUCUUUUCUCAGUAAUGUGAAAAAAUGUCACCUAGUUUCCUAGCUCAUGGAACAGGAAGUUCAGUUUAGAUCAGUGCUGAAUGUGUCAGAUGUAUGACAAGCUACUUGAUGACUUGUGCUGCCUUUUCCAAACCUUCACCCAGUCGCCUGGGGGCCCGGUACAAUACAUGCAAGGGAAGUGGUGUCAGGAUGUGUGUGUGUCUCAUAAUUACCCAAGUCAGUUAAAAGUAAUUUUUAUGUUACUAGAUUUGCGUAUUUGAAAGUUGAACAGCUGUAUCAAACCUCAGAAAGUAUUUGAGUAGAUGCGCUUGCUUUAAAAUUGGUUAACUAGAACAUAGGUUCUUUACUUUGUUACUAUUUACCAUAGUACCCCAAUUGAGCCCAUAACUGUUUUGCUUUCUUCUUAACUUUUCUAUUGUAUUAUGGACGCAAGUGAUACCUAUUUCCUGUGGUUUUUAAUAUAGUGAUAUUUAUGGAAGUCUGAGUACAUAAAACUUUUCAAAUAUUUAUUUUGAAGUCUCAAUUAAUAUAUGGGCAUUAUGUUUAUUUUAUGUUUAGGAUUUUAUGAAAAUGGAAAAUUACAAGGCACCUGUAGGCUUUGAUCUCUGUGUGAUGCCACUCUCCAGCGUUGCUCAGAAGAUUAUGUCUGCUAUACAUUCAGGUGAUUUAGUGGAGGCUAAGAACUGGAGAGAGAGUGGAAAGACUGCAGAACUGGUAAAUGAAUCUAGUGUUAAGUAUUCGGUACUUCUGGAAGAUGGGAAGACUCAGUCACUGGAGAGAAAGACUCUUAAUUCUUUUACAAGCCAGAUAUCAAGAGCUGCCGUCAAGCUCUGUCCUCAGUCUUCCAGUGUCAGGCCCACAGAUCAACUGCCUACUGACCAAGAGCAGAUUGUCAGCUCACUGGGUCCUCCCAGUUUAGUUCCACAGUGUAAUCAAGAGGUUUCAGUCCUACAAACCAUGGAACACAAAGGAAAACACUUCCUGAAGGAAAAUAUAACUAAUGAAAAAAAAGAAAGCAUGAUUCUUAAAAGAAAACAUAUUAUAUGUAGUAAUUCAUCAGAGAAAAGAAGUAAACCCAUGGCUUUGGAAGAACAUACUGAUGAGGCCAAAGCUUACCUGAAUUCUGGGAACUCAAGAGCAUUCGGAGGCCAUUUUUGUGAUACUAGGUAUUUGGAUGAUUUGGAGAAAAGCCAGCUGAUUGAAAUGCUUAAACAGGCAGCAGCCCUGGUGGUAACUCUGAUGUAUGAGGAUGGUUCGACCCAGCUAAUAGGAGCUGACGAGGCUCUAGUUUCCUCUGUUAACGGGGUCGUGAUGUUACUACAGAGCCACGUGGAAGGAGGCAGUGAUUCCUUGGAUGCCCCAGCCUCUGCCUGUGUUCCAGAGGAAGGCUUCCUGUGCAGGGAUCACUGUUUCUACAUAAAAACAGAGCACUCUUCCAUCUGGGGCCAGGAACAAGAGGCACAUAACCAGUUUGCCAGGACUGUGCUAUUUCAAGCACUGAAAUGUAAAUGUCCUGUUAUUUGUUUUAAUGCUAAGGAUUUUGUGAGGACGGUGCUGAAAUUUUUUGGCAAUGAUGGCAGUUGGAAACAUGUUGCUGAUUUUGUGGGACUGGACCCCAGAAUUGCUGCAUGGCUUAUAGAUCCUAGUGAUGCUGCCCCCUCUUUUGAAGAUUUAGUGGCAAAAUACUUGGAGAACUCCGUCUCAGUGCAAGUGAGCAGCACAUACAGAAAUUCCUCAAGAAAUACUGUGAAUCAGAAUAUACGUGUGAACCUGAGGAUACUCCACCGACUUACAAUGGGCCUUUGUUCCCGCUUGAAGGCUUAUGGCUUAUGGCAUCUAUUUUGUACUUUGGAGCUUCCUCUGAUACCAAUUUUGGCAGUGAUGGAAUGCCACAACAUUCGGGUGAAUGAAGAAGAAAUGGAGAGGACAUCAGCGCUUCUUGGGUCUCGCCUCAAGGAACUGGAGCACGAAGCCCACUUUGUCGCAGGGGAACAGUUUCUUAUAACCAGUAGUAAUAGGCUCCAGGAGGUCCUUUUUGGGAAGCUAAAGCUGCACCUGCUGUGUCCGAGGGAGACUCUUCCCAAACCGGGGCUGCGAAGCUACCCAUCCACAUCAGAAUCUGUGUUAAAUGCCCUCCAAGACCUUCAUCCACUACCCAGGAUAAUUUUGGAAUAUCGGCAGGUUCACAAGAUCAAGUCAGCCUUUGUGGACGGAGUGCUAGCGUGCAUGAAUAAGGGCUGUGUCUCCUCUACGUGGAAUCAGACUGGAACUGUGACUGGAAGACUUUCAGCCAAGCGUCCGAAUAUCCAAGGUAUCUCCAGACACCCAAUUCAAAUUACUAAGCCUCAGAAUUUCAAAGGUAAGGAAGGCGAAAUCCUCACCGUAUCCCCAAGGACCAUGUUUGUCUCAUCCAAAGGCUGCACCUUCCUAACGGCAGACUUUUCACAGAUUGAAUUGCGCAUUCUUGCACACUUAUCUGGGGAUCCAGAACUUCUGAAGUUAUUCCAGGAAUCUGAAAGAGAUGAUGUGUUUUCUACCCUGACUUCGCAGUGGGUGCUAAAGAAAGUCACAGAGUGGUGGAAGGACAUUCCCCCAGAGUGUGUGACGCACGCGGACAGAGAGCAGACCAAGAAGGUGGUGUACUCGGUGGUCUACGGAGCAGGGAAGGAGGGCCUUGCUGCUUGCCUUGGAGUUACGGUCCAGGAAGCUGCCCGGUUUUUGGAGAGUUUUUUGCAGAAGUACAAGAAAAUCAAGACCUUUGCUCGAGCAACCAUUGCCCGGUGUCACCAGACAGGCUAUGUGGUGUCCAUCAUGGGCAGGAGGAGACUGCUGCCAGGGAUCCGUGCACGAGACCAGCGGCUCCGGGCACAGGCAGAGCGGCAGGCAGUGAACUUCGUGGUACAAGGCUCGGCUGCAGACCUCUGUAAAAUGGCCAUGAUCCGCAUCUUCGCUGCAGUGGCCACUUCCCCCACCCUGACAGCCAGGUUGGUUGCACAAAUUCACGACGAGCUGCUGUUUGAGGUGGAAGAUUCACAGGUUCCUGAAUUUGCAGCUCUCGUCAGGGGAGCCAUGGAAUCGGCGGGGCGCGUGCAGGCUCUGGAGCCGCAGCUACAGGUGCCCCUGAAGGUGAGCCUGAGUGCCGGCCGCUCGUGGGGAUGCCUGGUGCCGCUGCAGGAGGCCUCAGGGCCUCGGCCCCACCCCCGUCCCGCAGUCUCCAAGCAGUGACCCAGCCGGCCUCCCAGCCAGGCCCCACAUCAGCACCAACCCCUGGCAGCACGGGCAUUUCUCGCCUUAGUUUUGUCUAUAGCCCCAGGCAGCAGUGGGCGAAGAGAACUGGCUCCCACCAGUCCAUUGUGUGGCCUUCCCCAAGGACAGCGUUGGGCGCUUUGUGCCAGCUCCGUGGCUAGGGCAGAACCAGCAAGGGCCACAUUCACCCUCUGGGUCGGGCCCUGGAGUAAACACCUCACCUGAA